AUGGAUAAAAUAAUGCUGCAUUUUUUGGCUUUUAUAUUAGUUUCGCUAACAAGCAGCAGUGAAGUUUCUGUAGAAAACAUUUUAUCACAGCAUAAUAUAUGCACAGAACCUUUCAAAAAGAAAUUUUCUGGUGAAGUUUUAGCUUUUUUAACACCUUGGAAUUCUAAAGGAUAUGAUUAUGCUUUGAAAUAUUCUGCGAAAAUUGACUAUAUUUCUCCUUGCUGAUAUCAAUUAAACGUCUAUACAGUUUAUGGAUACAAAUUAGAAUACGAUUUAUUAGGAGAAGGUAAUAAAACCUUUAUAGAAGCCUCUAAAGACUUAUUUAAAAUUCUUCCACGAAUAAUUCUUGAAAAUACCAAUACAGAUGAUUAUAAAAAGCUGCUGGAAAGUGACGAAGAUCAAGUAAAUUUAUCAGAGAAAAUAAAAAAUUUUAUAAUAUCGAAAGGAUUUGCAGGGGUGAUGCUAGAAAUGUGGACUCAAGGGAAUGGGAUUUUGAGAAAUGCGGAUCAGAAAGAAUAUUUAAGGUCAUUUCAGGUGAGGUUAAUACAAAAAAUAUGCAGGACAAUGAAAGCUAAUAAUUUGAUGUGCAUGAUAACAGUCCCAGCCCCAAGGCCAAAUUACCGUGUUGAGUUUAGUAUGGGAGAAUUUUUAAAACUUGCACCCCUUAAAGUUAGAAAAUUAAGAAAAAUUUAUUUUUCAAUAAAUAUUAUUUUUAAAAAAAUAUUUAUUAAUAAAGAAUUAGCAAAUUUGUCGAUAGAUUUGCGUUAGUUUCAUAUGAUUACAGCCAAAUCUCUCCUGGGCCAAAUAGCCCUGAAAAUUGGAUUAAAAGCUGCUAUAAAGAAUUAGUUGAUCAAAUUGACCUAAGCGAUUAUGACGAAGAAGCUGCUGAAUCAAUGCAUUUAAAAUAUAUGAAACAGCUUAUGCUAGGUGUUCCCUUUUAUGGCUAUGAAUUUUCUCCUCUUGAUAAGCCAAAUCAAUAUACAAGACAUUCUACUCGAGCCAUAACAGGGAAUGAUUUUCUACAGCUUUUAGAGAAAAAUAAAAUGAGAGUUGAAUGAGAAUCAGCCCAUAAUGAGCAUAAAUUCAGCUACAAAAUAGGCAAAAACGAAAUCAUUGCAUAUUUUCCAACAAAAGAAAUGAUUGAAUCGAGAGUAAAAUUAGCAGAAAAAUUAAAGACUGGAAUUUCUAUAUGGGAACUAGGCCAAGGAUUUGAGUAUUUUUUUGAAGCUUUAUAG